AGGGAAGGUACUUUAUGAGGCUUAGGUUGUUCCAAAGAAAGUGAGGCCCACUUGUUGAUAGUAUUGCUCUGGAGCAUGGUUCUUGAUCUUUUUCUUGGUUGAGGAAAAAACACAAGCUUUCUUCUCAUUCUGCUAAACUGGGAGGUAUGUUUUGAUUAGGAAAGGUUUGGCCUUUAAGCACUUAAGUUUGUUUGUUGGUUUUGCACUUUAAGGAAUCCAGUUUUGGUUGGUUGUGUGUGUGAAAUGAGUUUCUGAUUUGGGAUGGGGUUGAUCGAGAUUAAGAAAUUUUGUAGAAGUUGGAGACUUGCUCUUUUUCUUGGGUUUAUGUAUUCUAGUCUUGUUGGAACUAUUGGUGGAUGAGAAUGGAUGGUUCAUCUGAGUUUGGCUGGCAGAGGUCUGAUGGCUCGAGAAGGUUGAAUUCUUCUGAUGUCUCUGAUAGAAAUCCGAGAUUGGUUAGUGCUAGCUCUAUAAGAUCCUCGGGGAAUACGUCAAAUGAAUCUGAAUUUGUUGUGGGGAAAAAGGGAACGGAAUGUGGUCUAUCCAGGGGUGGUGGAGAUGGGGAUGGAGGAAUUCGUGCUUUAGAAUGCAAUGAUAUUAGCUUGAGACAAUGGUUGGAUAACCCGAAGCGAGAAGUAACAGCUCUUGAAUGCUUGUACAUUUUUAGGCAGAUAGUAGAGAUUGUCAAUUUGGCACAUUCUCAGGGAAUUGUUGUUCAGAAUGUGCGACCCUCCUGCUUUGUUAUGACCUCCUUUAACCGCGUUUCUUUUAUUGAGUCUGCAUCAUGUUCCGACUCUGACGAGGACGCAUCAAAUAGCCCCGUGGAGCUCCAUGCUUCGGGUUCACAAUGUCGGAACGAGCUACAUCAACAUGAAAUCCAGUUAGGUGCAUCAGGUUCCAUACACAAUGUAAAUCGUAGAAAUGCAUCAGAAAUGAUAUCUGGAACCAGUUGCUUGCACUCAGGUUCAGACAAUGUGAUGAAUCUAUCACUAGAUAUCUGCAAUGCUGACCAAACUGAAGAAAAGAAGCAAGCAUUUCCUAUGAAACAGAUCUUGAAUAUGGAAACAAAUUGGUACACAAGUCCAGAAGAAGUUGCUGGUGCUCCUGGUUCUUCCGCUUCUGAUAUAUAUCGACUAGGCAUUCUUCUUUUUGAGUUGUACUCCACAUAUAGUUCGGCAGAAGAAAAAAGCUCUACUAUGUCUAGUUUGAAACAUCGUGUUCUUCCACCUCAAUUGCUUUUGAAGUGGCCUAAAGAAGCUUCAUUCUGCUUAUGGUUGCUGCAUCCUGAGCCCGCAAGUAGGCCAAAAAUGGCAGAAUUGCUGGAAAGUGAGUUUCUUAAUGAACCAGGAGACAACUUAAAAGAACGUGAAAUGGAAACAGAGCUUCGAGAAAAGAUGGAGGAACAGGACUUGUUGUUGGACUUCUUGUUGCUGUUACAAAAAAAGAAACAGGAAACUGCAAGUAAGUUGAUUGAGACAGUUUCUUUUAUUUCCUCAGAUAUAGAAGAAGUCAAAAAACUGCAAAUUGGCCUCCAAAAAAAAGGAGUGUCUACUUCAGAACUGGAGGAUUCCCCCUUGGGUACCCUUUCAAUUGUCAAUGAUGACUCUGGUUGCUUAAAACCAAGAAAAAGAUUCAGGCCAGGGUUGCCAACUCAAUGUUCAGAAGAAUUUGAUGACGGGGAAGAUGGGAAUCAAAAGUCAGAGGCUCCCACUGAAAAGCAAGAAAGAAUAAUGUCCAGAAGUUCUAGAUUAAUGAAAAAUUUCAAGAAACUAGAGUCAGCUUACUUUUUGACGAGGCGCAGGGCUAUCAAACCCUCAGGGAAACCUGUUGCAAGACAAGCCCCUAUAAGUAGUGAUGGUAGAGGAUCUGUUAUAUUAAAUGAGAGUUCUGGCAAUACUUUGUCAGCAAAAGAACGGUCCACUGAAAGCAGACAAGAUGGAUGGAUUAACUCAUUCCUUGGUGGUCUGUGCAAGUAUUUAUCUUUUACCAAGUUAAAAGUAAAGGCAGACCUAAAGCAAGGGGAUCUUUUGAAUUCUUCUAACCUUGUAUGUUCUUUAAGCUUUGACCGUGACGGCGAAUUUUUCGCAACAGCUGGAGUAAAUAAGAAGAUCAAAGUAUUCGAGUAUAAUACAAUUAUAGAUGAAGAUCGUGAUAUUCAUUACCCUGUUGUUGAAAUGUCUAGCAGGUCAAAGCUAAGUAGUAUAUGUUGGAAUGGCUAUAUCAAAAGCCAGAUUGCAUCAAGUAAUUUUGAAGGUGUGGUGCAGAUAUGGGAUGUUACAAGAAGCCAAGUGUUUUUGGCGAUGAAAGAGCAUGAGAAGCGUGUGUGGUCUGUGGACUUUUCACUAGCGGACCCAACAAUGUUGGCCAGUGGGAGCGAUGAUGGUUCAGUUAAGCUCUGGAAUAUCAAUCAGGGAGCAAGUGUAGGUACCAUCAAAACUAAAGCCAAUGUAUGUUGUGUUCAAUUCUCCUCGGAUUCUGGUCACUCUCUUGCAUUUGGUUCUGCAGAUCAUAAAAUCUAUCAUUAUGAUCUCCGUAAUAUGAAAAUGCCUUUGUGCACAUUAAUUGGUCACAACAAAACUGUGAGCUACAUCAAGUUUAUUGAUUCACUCAAUCUUGUGUCUGCAUCCACGGACAACACGUUGAAGCUUUGGGAUUUGUCAAUGAGCAAUUCUCGCGUCCUUGACUGUCCUCUUCAGUCAUAUACAGGCCACUUGAAUGUGAAGAACUUUGUAGGUUUAUCUGUAUCUGAUGGUUAUAUUGCUACAGGUUCAGAAACAAAUGAGGUUGUUGUCUACCACAAAGCUUUCCCAAUGCCCGCUUUGUCAUUUAAGUUCAAAAACACAGAUCCGCUUUCUGGUGAAGAUAUUGAUGACAGUACACAAUUUAUUUCAUCUGUAUGUUGGCGUGGUCAGUCCUCCACCCUUGUUGCUGCAAAUUCCAUGGGAAAUAUAAAGCUUCUGGAGAUGGUUUAGGUUGUUCAUCAUGCUUCACAAGUUCGACUUUAAAGAAAGAAAUAAGACUGUUGUCAAAGAAAAAAGAUGCGACAACAUAAAAGAUGAAACAGGCCUGCAUACUGGUAUUUCCAGAUGCAAGAUCUGUUACAAUGCACGUGUCUACAGAGAAAUGUGAAUCACAAAUUUUGUCGUUAGCCCUUAGCGGGUGGUUGUUUAACUGAAGAGUGAAUUAUCUCUUGCAGUAUAUAUAGUAGAUUUGUAUAAUUUAGAAAAGUAAAGGAAGAUAUGUUUUGGGUUUUGUAUAUGAUGUAAUUCCAACGGUUUAGGGUCAUUGUCUACAAAUUGCAUUUGUAGGAAAUUAAUUUUGUCAUAUUUACCUUAA